AGAAAAUAAUAAUCUAUCUAGUGGUAGCAGUUCAGAUGCUAGUGAUAGUGAAACCGGUAAGACAGGGUUUGAACCCGGAGAUGUAUUUGCGAUUGGUGAUAUCAUGGAUGAGGUUGAUUUUGUCACAGAACUUUACGUGCUUCGUGCACAAGUAACAAACAAGUCAUAUGGUAUAUCGACCUGGGUACGAUUCACAAACUUUGAGGUGUUCUUUGAUGUUCUUGUACCAUCGACACAUCCAAAUCCCAAUGC